GUACAUGCACAUGUAGGACAAAAUUGAUAGAUAAGAACUAACCGGACAAUUUUCAUAAUAAAUAAUUGCCGCUUCAGAUAUAUGCACGAUGUGGAAAGUUCAAAUCUUAUUGGUUAUAUGUUCUUUAUUCUGGAGUUUAGAUGCGUCUUGUCCAAGCGGAUGGAUGCGUCACAAUAAUGCAUGUUAUCAUUUUAGUCACGACCUGGAGGACUGGUCAAGCGCUAUGAAUAUGUGUCACAUUUUAGGAGGAACAUUAGUAGAAAUCGAGACAGCUGCAGAGAACGCUUUCCUUGCGUCUAUGGCGAUAAACUUUAAUGAAAAUUACUGGAUAGCUCUUAGUGAUAUACAAGAAGAAGGGGUCUGGGUAUGGAUGGAGACCAAUACUCCAAUGUCACAAACUGGAUAUUCAAACUGGAUGCCAGGUGCGCCUGAUAAUGUGAAAAAUAAUGAAAACUGUGGUACAUUGAUUGGAAUAAACUAUGAUGGACACUGGAAUGAUUGGCAUUGUAGCAGUGAUACUCUGCAAUACAUAUGCGAAAAACAAGACACUGAUGGAGUAUUUGUGGGUUAACCCUUUUAUCAUUUGUAUGACUUUGUGUCAAAGCAACUGAAAUAAACAUCUUAUAAA